UUAGUUAGCGAUUCGUUUACAAGGCCAUCUUUUUAUGUUCUCGCUACUUUUUCAUGGAUGGAAUUCAGUUCAUGGCCAUGAUGCUUUUUCCAGCUCUGGCAGGAGCCUUACCAACUUGGACCGUUCAACCCGUGAACUUCACUUCUGUUGUUCAGGGAAAGAACAUAACCCUCGCGUGGGAGUAUAAUGUUGAUGGAAAGUUUGCACAAGCUCAAUUUUCCGAUUUGAAGAAAGCUGGGAAAGAGAAAGCGGUUGCUGUUAAGUCUUCAGCGAAUGGAAACGUAGUCGUUGCCUCUGAUUACCAGGAAAGAUUCAUUGUGCGUAUAUCAGCCUCACAAACACUAGUAACAAUUCUCAGAGCACAGAAAGCUGACAUUGGAAAGUACAAGCUGCAGGUGAUAAACCGGAAAUUGGAAACAAUAAACAGCGUGGUGGAGGUUUCAGUUCAUUAUCUACCAACCAACACUGUUCUCUCAGUAUUUCCAGACAGCAGCGAAGUGUUUGGAGGAAGUGUCUUAUAUGAGAAAUGCAGCACAGAUGCCAGACCUGAUCCUCACAUUUUUCUCUUAUACUUCAAUGGAAAUUUUAUCAGUAACAGUAGCUCAGGGGAGUUUAAUGUCACAGCUUACAGCGAUGGAGUAUACACAUGUGCUCCUAUUAACACAGUUGGUUCGGGAGACAAUGCAUCGUUUAGCGUCACUAUUUUUGGCAAGGCUACGAUAGGUUUGGAACCCAGAAACGUCACAGCAUUGGUAGGUGAGGCCACAUCGCUGAAGUGCCUUGCUCAUGGGAAUCCUCCGCCAACUAUUACGUGGGCUCGUCAUGGCAUUGGAAAUGGUUCAGAGCUCUUUUUUCCUUCAGCGAAAUUCUCUGACAGUGGGUGGUACAGAUGCGUAGCUACAAAUGCUUAUGGAGUCUCUUUUAGUCCACUUGCAUACCUCGAUGUAACCGACAGUGCCAGUACCUUCAUAAAUGGGAGAAUGACAAUAUUAAAUGAAAAUUUUGAUAAUGGCUUGGAAAAUCCUUCAAGCGCAAGAUAUCAAACCCUUAAGAGGCAGUUUGUUGAGGCGGUAAGGGAAGUUUUCAAGAGUGACAGUACCUUCCAUAGCACGGAUGUCACAAGAUUUGAAAAAGGAAGUGUGAUCAUUCUUUUCGCGCUAACUUUCAAAGAAGUAGUUCGAACAGACAGAAAAAUCACUAUUUUAAAAAAUGCUGCCAGUGACGGAAGAAUUGGUGUGUUAGAUGUUGAUCCAGUCUCCGUCAUGGCUAUCCGUGAAACUAAAGAACCUGCCACCAGUAAUUUAGGAUGCAGGCCGUCAAGCUCACCAGAGAGCUCAGCUUGCUCAAGUGACAAUAAAAUAUUUGGAGCAGUGAUAGGAGUUCUUGUUUUCGUAAUCAUUGGCCUGCUUAUUUUUAUAUUCUUCCUGCAAAGAAGAUCAGGAAUUGAAUCCAAGCAAAGGAGAUGUGAAAUGGUCAGAGAGGAGACUCAGCCCAGACCUCUUAGCUAUGAAAUUUCCAUGUCUAGACUUGAACAAGUUGUAAUGCAGACAAACCGCGUAACCAUAGAAGAAUCUUUGGCAGAAACAUCGGAAACAGAGGUUGAUACAGAACUGAUAGAUACUGGAAUCGCUGGAUACGAGUCGGCCUUGCCGGUCACCAACUCCUCUUGGAAAGUUCCACAAGAAAAUGUGUCUGUAAGAGAAACAAUAGGCAAGGGAGCCUUUUCUCAGGUGGCCAGGGGAACAGUUAAAAAUCUCCAAGGGGCUUCUGAAGUGACAGUGGUUGCAGUUAAAAUGCUGAAAGAAAACGCUCCUACCUCUGAUAGGAAGGAUCUGCUGUCAGAGCUUGACCUAAUGAAGCAACUCAAACCUCAUCCAUACGUCAUCAAACUACUAGGAUUUGUUGCUGAACCGUUAUUGGUGUUGACUGAGUAUGUUCCAUUUGGAGACCUGCUCGGUUAUUUACGAAAAAGCCGAGGACUAAACGACAGUUACUACAGCAACCCGAAGUUCACAGCAGAAACCAGUUUGACGGCGGAUAAACUGAUGAAGUUUGCUUGGCAGAUUGCCGAUGGAAUGAGCUACUUGUCCACUAAAUGUAUAAUUCAUCGAGACCUGGCAGCACGCAACGUGUUGGUUGGAGAAAAUGAGACCUGUAAAGUGACGGACUUUGGAAUGGCCAGAGAUGUGCAGCAAGACAGCAUAUACGAAAUGAAAACUACGGGGCGACUUCCUAUCAAGUGGACUGCAUACGAGUCGCUUUUCUACGGGACGUACACCACCAAGAGUGACGUGUGGAGUUACGGGAUUGUCCUCUAUGAAAUCUUUACACUGGGUGGAUCGCCAUAUCCUGGUAUGGAAGGAAAAACGGUUCCAGGUUGGCUCAAACUUGGAUAUAGGAUGCCAAAGCCAGUACACAUCGACGACAAAUUGUAUGAAUUUCUUCAAAUAUUAUUAGAUUUUAGAACAGUUUAUGUUCACCUCAACAUAGCCUUGAUACCCUCGUGGUGUCCUUUCCUUCGAAACUUCCUGGCGCUGAUUAAAACGAGUACAAUAGUUUAUUUUGUUUCAACCCACGCUAACUUGAUUUCGAUUAUGUCAACAUCUCCCUUUUCAUGAUGAGAACUAAGUACCGCUAUAAUCAUACGAUAGAAAACAAACCUCUUGUUUGUCUCAGAUAUUAAGUGAUGUUAGAAUGCUGGCAAAUAGAAGUGAACGAAAGACCGACAUUUUUUAACCUUACAAAGAAACUUAAAGUAAUGGAAAACCAACACAAGAAGCUAAUCCAGAUGGCGAAGUAUGACAACACACUUUAUGUGAAUGUCGACGAUUUAGUUGUCUAGUAUUGAGACGAGACGUUCAUUUAGAAAAGGGACAAAAGGAAAAAACUCAAUUCAUUAAAACACAUGAGCAAUCGGGUUUUGAAGCUCUUUAGAUAACCUUUAGAUAAUCAAUAGGAAAAUCGUCUAAUUAAUGUCGUUUGUACAAAUGAUUUUCGUCAGAUAUUUCUUUUAAGAUCGAUUCAAUACCUUUCUAACCUUUUCCACUUUUUACGACUCACUGAUAUUCUUCUUGUUAGCGUUCAUUAACAGUAUUAAGUUCGUAACAAGUUCAUAUACAAUGUACAGCUGUUUCGAGAAAGUUUGUCGGAAAAAAGGGCAAAAGUGCACCCGACAAUCUCGAAUGGAAAGCUUGGUAUCUUGUAGUCAAUAAAAUUGCUCAAACCGUG